AUGUCAAACUCAUCCAACCACCAAAUCAGUUUCGAACAACCCAACAGCAGUCACGGAAUCUACUUCAUUCGCCACAUCGUCAACUUCUUGUCUCUCGCUGUUGCCAUGGCCGGUGUCGCUGGCAACGUAAUCAACAUAGUGGUGUUCACGUGUCAGGGGUUCAAAUCCUCGAUCAACAUCGCUUUCCUGGCCCUGUCUGUGUCUGAUCUCGUCACUCUCGUUGUUCUUAUCUUCUAUAUUUUCGUCGCAUGGUUUGAGGACACCACCUCCUUACCUAUCUUACCUCGCCACACCUGGCACCUAGUCGGGUGGCUCCUGUACGCUCUAGCCUUCAACAACUGCUCUAUAGCCGUGUACAUCUCCGUAGAGAGAUGCCUCAGCGUUGCUCUUCCCUUAAAGGUCAAGGCCAUCAUUACACGAAAGGUCACCGUUUUCUCCGUUGUUUUGAUUGGUUCAGCCUCCGCUGUGAUCGUCCUUCCUGCCCUGACUGCCUUUGAACUGAAAAGAAUGACCAGCGACGACAACGCAACGGACGUUGCCAUCAUUGUUUUGGAUAACUUCACCCACAGGACCGUCACUUACUUCGCCCAUUUUGUUCUUCAG